AUGUACCACUUAGCCAAGGAAGGGGAGAUGAAUGGCGACCUCCGUCUGGUGGCAGGGGGCGACUCCGCCCAAGGCCAAGUCGAGAUCAACUACCAGGGAGUUUGGGGCACCGUGUGCGACACCGACUGGACCAUCAAGGAUGCCACGGUAGUCUGCAGACAGCUAGGCUUCAAACCAGCUCGGGCCUCCCUCUCCUACUCCUACUUCCUAGACGCGGACUCCAUCAAUCCUAUCUUCUUCGAUAACGUGGAGUGCGAGGGUUCGGAGGCUAAGCUGGAGGAUUGCGUUCACUCCUGGAGGGGUGGGGCUUGCCAACACGUCGAGGAUGUUGGGGUUAUCUGUGGAGCUCCUUUUGUGUUCAAGCCAGUCACUACGGAAGGUUAG